CGUCGUUUCGUUGUGUUGUGUGUGUUGUUUGUCUGUUGAGGUUGCUGGUUGUUUCAGUGGAAAACAAUAAUUAUUUAAGUCUUUUCUUUUGCUUACGGCUUACGGACACGUAUUUAAACGAGAACUGGUAGUAAGCCUACUGCUAACCAUGGCGACAGAAUCCGAAUCCAAUUUGAAAGUAAACAUUGAAACGAAUGCGGAAGAAGAUGGAGAACCCGACACAGAUCAUGACCCUCAUUACGAACCUAUUAUCUCUCUUCCUGAAGUACAAGUCUCAACUAAUGAAGAAGACGAGAUAGAAUUGAUCAAGAUACGAGCCAAACUUUACCGUUAUGACACCUCCACUGACCCCCCAGAAUGGAAGGAGAGGGGAACUGGAGACGUUAAACUUCUACAACACCAGACAAAGAACACAGUACGAGUCGUGAUGAGGAGAGACAAGACACUCAAGAUCUGUGCUAACCACUUUGUGACACCAUACAUGGAGCUGAAGCCUAACUGUGGAUCAGACAAGGCCUGGGUCUGGUCUACACUGGCAGACUUUGUUGACGAGGUUGCUCAGAGUGAGAUGCUGGCCAUACGGUUCGCCAACGCUGAAAAUGCAAAAAAAUGGAAGGAUAUGUUUGAAGAAGCGAAGAAUAUAGUUGCCACAAAAUGUGACCUAUACAAAGAUUCACCACACAACUCCAGCGCAGAUGAUUCGCAAGAGGAAAAAGCUGACUCCAGUGAUGAAAAGGAAUUAGGCAAAGAGUUAGAAAAGCUCAAAUUGGGUGAAAAGGCUCAAAAAGAAAACACAUCGCAUGAAGAGACGCCAGAGAAAUGAGCUGUGAUAAGUUUAAAAAUUUCAAAAUUUGCCUUAAGUUAGAUGUUUUAACUUUGUACGUAGAAAAAGGCAAACAUUCCUAUUUUAAGACCAAAGUCUUUUUUUAAUUAAACUUUGACAUACUCUAUGUUAUGCAAUAUGGACAAGUUCUAAAUUUCUUAUUCUUAGCCACAUAUAAAAAUAAUAUUUUAUAAGAUCAUUAAAAAGUAAAGCUUGUGUUUGUUUUGAUUAGUAUAUGAAAAUUAACAUAAAGCCUAGUUUUGUACAUGACACAAUAGAAAAAAUGUCUUAAUACCACGUUGAUUUUCUUAUAAAAUCCCCACAAAGAAAGGCAGCUGGAAAAUUGUAGUUGCAUCGUUAUAGAAUAUUUAAAGAAUGAUUGAUCAUAUGGUAGACAAUAGUAAAAUCAGUAAAACAAAAUUAGUAAAUUUCAUCACUAGAUCCCAAAGUGACUCUUAUCGACCUGAACUAAAGUUUUACAACGAUUCCAUAUACUAUAUUUAACACGGUUAUGUUUGAAAUGUGCCAUAAUAUUUUUUGGAAUAGCAUAAAGGGUUUAAUGAAAUCAAAAUAGAUUGAAAUCAAUCUCUUUUCAAUGCCCUUCUAUAGUUCGGCCGCUUAGAAAACGACCUGCGCGCUAAUGCUAAACCAAUGCUGGAGGAGGUCGUUUUCUAAGCGGCCGACCUUUAGUUGGAUUUGUUAUAACUUACUUUCAAAAACCAAUUUGCUCCAAUAAGUUUCACAAUUAAUAAGAGCUCAAAGCAUAGGUAUAUACGGGUACCAAAAAUGUAUCUAGACUCAGCAAAUGCAAUAUCUUAUAUUGGGACCUAAAGAAAUUAUCUAUUAAAUCUAUGCCUAUUAAUGUUAUAAUAAUGCUGUACAUCUAAAAUAAUAGUUCUUUGAGUUUACUCAUACUAACUCAUACUAAAGUCUCAAAACAUAUCUUUAUGUUUAAAUUAUAUAUGGUUGACAUUAUACUCUGUAGGUCCUUAGAUACAAAAAGUCUAUUUUAUUAUGUAGUUUGAUUAGAUAUUUUGUUAAAAUAAACACAAAGGACUUUGAGGUACUGGAUUGUUAAGAUAUCUGAACUAGUAGAUAAUUCAUCACUUAUCUUAACGGCCUAAUAUGUUGGAAGAAUAACAAAUCAGAAGUCAUUACAAUACUUAAAUGUUCAAUUUGCUAAUAUUACAUCAUUCAUUGAUAAUAUUAAAAUGUUUCAAUAUUUCUAUAUAUUUCAUAUUUGUAGCAAAUCUGGACCAAUAGUGUUAAUUAUUUUUACAUUUGUACUUAGUUAUUUUUAUUUAUGAAAAAUCAAUUUAAUUACAGUCUGUUCCAUUGUUUUUAUACUUCUAUACUUUUCAUUUUGUUGCUGAGUGCUAUCUAAUAAUCAAUAUACAUGUAGACUGUUUAGUUUCGAGCACAAUUGUCUUAUAAAUCGAACAUCAAAUAAAUUAAAUAAUGUAAAAAUAUUUUACAUACAAGUCUCUGAACUGUAAUGAAAUGUCAUAUUUUGAUUUUUUUCUUGUUCAAACCUAACUCCUUGAAUAUAGUCAUAGAGGAAAUUGCUUUAAAGGAAUCAAGCCUGUUCUUAGUUUAAAAAAUGUGUUGUCAAGUGAGUUAUUUUUUAAUUACAAAUUAGACUUGUAACAAGGAUGAAAAUGUGUGUUAGUUUAAACGUAAAAGUUAAUUUUCAUAAAUAAAUUUAUGAUGAUAAAAAUGAUUAAUCACAACAAUUUUAAAACGUGAUCUUUUGACAAUUUGAAGUAUUAUAUCACACAGUUUAUUGUUUUGAUAGAAAUAUUUUGUAAUUAAGCUCAAUUUGUGUCAAAGUCAGCAUCCAAUGGAUUAUUCACUGAUAUACAGCAUAACUUGCCUAAUAUGAUGAGUAACAAAUGGAAAAAACCUCUUUUAUCCUUUUUACAAGUCUAAAUGUGUCCCAUAAUUAUUUAUUCGCAUAAUUAACAAUGUCUGGAAUGUCUUUACGCCCUUAAGUUCAACCACUGUUUGUAUUUUAUCCAAAGUAUUGCCUGACUAUUUGUAAUGGAAUUGUACAAACUCUGAUAAGGAAUCAUCCUCUAUCCCAAAAUAUAUUUUAUGCACUUAUAUCACAUGGCUUUCAGCUUUUAACAUCCUUUGGUUCAUAUCUACCCCACUGUACUGUUGAAUUUUCAGCUUCCGCUCUCUGACUAAAACAAUGACUUAAGAUAAAUUGUCAUCGUGGAUUCAGCAUUUAUACUUUUUUGAACAUAUUUUUCAUAAUUGCUGCAGGCCAAUUUUAUUUUUUUAAAGAUCUUAAAAAAAGCAAUAUUUUAUACAAUAUAAUUUUGGUACUUGUGGUUAGAAUGUUAUUCUCAGUGUUCUUUUGUAUGUUUGAUGUUGAAAAAUGAACAUAUUUUUAUAAAAUAUGUAAAAUAAGUAAGGGUGGAUCAUAAAUAAAGUGUUGAGCGUUUAUAGGAUUUUAUG